AUGGCGGCGAGUCAGAAGCUUAUCACUGCUCUGAGGACUGUUUGGGACAGCAACAAGAUUGCCGACCUGGAAAGGCGACUGGAUCGAUAUCAGAGGCUCCUUUUGCUUCACCUUUUUCCAGUUCUGAGUCGUACUGACAAGCUUCGCUAUAGUAGUCAACAGUCCUGCUUGGAAGAAAUCGCCAUGGGUUUGAGGCAGGAUAGCCUUAAUCUUAGGCUUGAUCAGAAUCCCAAGCUCGACGCGAUAUGGAGUACGCUGAAGGAGAUACGUUCCACAGCGGACAACCUGCAUGAUGCGAUUUCAGCGAGCCAGUCGAGCUUUAUGGGACCGUCAAGGGGAGAAAGAUCGUCGGCAGCGUUUCGUGACGUUUUCAACAAUAGUCAAUCUGCAUUGUUUAGUGUAGAUCAAGUUGACACUCUCUCCGAGGGAAUUGCAAAACUCUCUUGUGCCGAGCAGGAACUGGGACACCUUGCCAGCGAGCAGGCUGUAUUGAAAAGUCUCAACUUCCCUUCUCGCCCGGUGCGCAAUGAAAAUAUUCCACUUGCUCAUAAGAAAACAUUCUUGUGGACUAUCACUUCGCCCGAAGGGAUGAAAGAAGAUCCCGAUGAACAGCUGCGAGUCUGGUUGAGGAGCGGCGACGGAAUCAUUUGGGUGUCUGGAAAAGCGGGCUCCGGAAAGUCAACUCUCAUGAAGUUCCUUGCCGACCACAAUCUGACCAGGUCCUUGCUUGGAGAAUGGGCUGAGCAGGCGGAUCUGGUGAUUGCGGCGCAUUAUUUCUGGAGCGUCUUUCGCAAAUGCCCCGGACUGAUCCCACAUGUGUGUCAUCAUCGUUGGACACAGACGAAGCUUAUAUGGGAGGAGAGUACUGAAUGGUCGACCUCCGAGUUACGUGGCACGUUGAAAGCUCUCUCAGAGCGGGCAGAUCUGCCAACUCGGCACUGUUUCUUCAUAGACGGCCUUGAUGAAUUUGAUGGAGACCACUCCGAGCUCUGUGAAAUACUCAGCGACCUAUCUCAGUCCCCGAAUAUCAAGCUGUGUCUUUCCAGUCGACCGUGGAACAUCUUCGUUGAUAUGUUUAGCAAUGAUCCCUUGCGGAAGAUCUGUAUGGAAGACCUGACACGGAACGACAUAUUACGAUUCACAGAGAGUCAUUUGACGAGCCACCCCGUUGAAAUCUCUGCCAGUUUCCACAGAUAG